AAUCAUAUGCAUACGUAUUAGUCUGUAUAUAUUUCCAAUAGCUCAGCUGAAAUCAGUUUUCUGUGUGCUCUAGUAAAUAAUACAGACUAAAAAGAAUAAUAGCAAAUUUUGCGUACCUGGUACCUACAUACCUCUGGGAAAUUACGAAAAACGAAAGAGGCUAAACCUUCGUCAUGGCAGCCCCGGUAAUUGUGGAGGCCACGGUCAAGCAGACGGCGACGCUCAUAUUCAUGCACGGCUUGGGAGACACUGGACAUGGCUGGAGUAGCGCUUUGGCUGCAGUGCGACCACCCUUCAUGAAGGUCAUCUGUCCAACGGCACCGACACAGCCUGUGUCACUGAAUGCCGGGUUCCGUAUGCCGUCGUGGUUUGAUUUGAAGACGCUGGAUAUCGGUGGGCCAGAGGAUGAGCCAGGUAUACGCGCUGCUCGCGAUGAUAUCCAUGGCAUGAUCAAUAAGGAGGUUAGCGCUGGCAUACCAGCCAAUCGCAUCGUGAUUGGCGGCUUCUCACAAGGCGGCGCCUUGGCUCUUUACUCGGCACUGACCUACGAACAGCCUUUGGCUGGCGUAGUGGCUCUGUCGUGUUGGCUGCCACUGCACAAGCAGUUUCCUGAUGCCAAAGUGAGCAGCGAUGAUGUACCCAUAUUCCAGGCACAUGGCGACUAUGAUCCCGUGGUACCAUAUAAAUUUGGACAGCUGAGCGCGAGUUUGUUGAAGUCCUUCAUGAAGAAUGUCACAUUCAAGACCUACAAUGGACUCUCGCACUCGUCCUCUGACGAGGAAAUGAACGACGUGAAGGACAUAAUCAGUAAAUGGACUCAUUGGGAGGGCCAGAGCAUGGCAAGAAAGGCGCAAUGCUGCCAGAUAUCAUAGUAGCUAUAUGCAUAGGCUAUGCGAAUUGUAUGUAGUUGCAGUUCCUUCCACAGUCCCUAGUCAAGAAACGCGCCGAGCAGAUGUCUGAGAUUUUUUUUAUGUAUUCUAGAUAUUAUUUUGUACAUACGUAUUAUGUAGAUUUUAGGCAUAUUAAAUACAUAGCUAUUGGAAGUCUCCACUUGGUGGAUGGAUGUAAAGAAGAUUCGCUAAAGCGAAUUAAACUAAUAAAGUUUUGUGACGAC